GCCGAAACAGGCAUCGAAGAGGAGGAAGUCGUGCAAAGGAACGCGGCGGCCGCAACCCAGCCAGGUGUUCCAGCGUCUGAGAGGAAAGACCGAGCCCGCGGCGUGUAUCGGCGGGAGCCAUGAUGCCCUGGGGCAGGCGGCGCCUUGUGCGGGUGCACUCGCAAAUCAUGGGCAGCCAGAGCGCCGAGCGGGUCAGUCCAACCGCCGCCGGCGCCCCGUACUCGGAGGACGAAAGGUCCGCCUACGGUUCUCGCUCGACCACGGGACCACCGGUGCCCAAGCAGCUCAGCUACGAUACGGGGGUGGCCGGGGACUGUCCCGUCAUGCUGCUUAACGUCGAGGUCCUUGAUGAGGACAACCGGCCACAGCAGCAGCCCCUACCGCCACUGCAGCCGCGCUACUCGGAGCCAAUAUCCCCAGAUCGACUGGAGAGGGAGCGAGAGCGCAUGGAGCGCAUGGAGCGACUGGAGCGGCUUGAGCGCGAGGACGAAGACCGGCCUCGUUGGCAGCGCUCCGUCGAGCGGCCGGCCGCGUCACCGCUUGCCGGGGCCAUGUCACCGAUCGCGGGCGCCGCUUCCCCGUCCGCCGUGCAGCAGCAAUACAUGAGGCCAUCCGUGAUGGCAUCGCCACGACCGCCCAUGGGAGUCAUGUCGCCGGUCGGCUCACGACCGCGGCUGGCCAUGUCCCCGCUGAUGUCUCCGCGCUCACCGUCGCGCCAGUUUCUGUACGGUGGCCCACCACCCGUGAUAAGCCGACCCUUAUCUGGACGCGUGAGCCCGCUGACGCCAAGGUCUGGGGCGCGUUCGCCGUCCUGGCCCUUCAUGUCCGACCGCCAGGUGAUGGCAGCGCGGAAGUAUCGCAGGGAGCGACACAACCUGCUCGAGUGGAUCAUGACCUGGGUGUUUGUGGUGACGCUGGCUGUGGUGCUGCUGGCCAUCCUCGUUUUCUACGCCUCAUGGCAGACGCGGCUGGACAAGAAGAUGCAGGAGCACCUCAACCUGCUUCAGCGGCUCAGCCACUCGCCACGCUUCGGAAGUGCUGUCUUCAACGAGCUCUACAAGGUCGACCUGCCCACUGAAGUGUCUCUCCGCACUAUCCUCAAGACGAUAACAGACCUGAGAUACAUCGCCGGCACAGAAACGGAGUCUCCAGUUACCACCUACGUCGACAGGUUUAUGAAAGACAAUAAGAUCAAUAACACGAAGAUCUUUACCUACGUUGUCAGCCUGUCUCAUCCAAGCACAACGGAAAGAAACAAGUUGCUGUUUAAUGAUUCAAGCGGCAACAUUUUAGACAUCACUGAUGAAGAGCCGUCAUAUCUGGGGAAAAACAUGGGGCCUCAGCUGGCGUACAGCGCAUUCGGAAGGGCCGGAACUAUAAAGGAGACAAGGAUCAUGUACGCCAACCGGUGCUUCAAAGAGGACCUCGAAUACCUGGGCACCCUCGGUCCCUCUAUGUGGGCCUCCGCGCUGCUCUGCCGCUACAGCACAACCGAGAGCCCCGGGGUGGCGGUGGCCGCGGCCGCGAAGCUAGGCGUGAGCGCCGUGCUCCUGUUCAGCGACCCGCACGACAUCUCGGGCGGCGGCGGAAGCAGCGCCUUCCCGCAGUCCUGGUGGAUGCCUCCCACGGCCAUCCGCCGCGCCAGUGUGCGCAUGCCGUACGACAUCGGGGACCCCGCCACCCCCGGAUACGCGUCCCGCUACGCCUUCAGUGACCUACACAGGACGCAUAUGAGUGAAACGUUGGUGCCCAAGAUCCAAGUCCACCCCAUCAACUCCAUCGACGCGGCGGAGAUCCUCAAGCGACUGGAUGGACCAGAGUGUCCGGAAAAGUGGGUGCCAGAACUGGGCAUAGGGUGUCGCAUCGGAGACAAAACCAAAGGAGUCGUUCGAGGCGCCGCAUCGUCACCUUCAUUGCCCGUGGACCAUCUUCGCCCGCGAAGCCCAGCGCUGUGCGCAAUGACUGUGCAUGCGCACGGGAGGCCUGUCUGUUCGCACUUUAACACAAUAUGUGCAAUUGUUUUGUCAGCACUGCCACACGCGCGACACAACACCGAAGCCCCAGCAUCGUCGAAUAUUCUUCUGUUGUAUGGUCAACUACACAACGUAAUUCACGAGAGCAACAUCCAGAACAUCCUGGCUUUCUUCCCUGGAGAAGUCGAACCAGACCGGUACGUUGUGUUUGGCGUGCCCCUGGACUCGUGGGGCGGUGGCGCCGUGGCCCCGGGUUCGGCCUUGGCGCAGGCUCUCGGUCUCUGCUACAUCAUCAACAAGCAGUACAUGAGCAGGAAGCACCCGUGGCGGCCACGCAGGACCAUCGUGUUCGGCGCCUGGGACGCACACGAAUUCGGCGAGGUCGGAGCCACCGAGUUCCUCGAGGGUCAACUCCACAAGAUGUCAGCGAGAACAGUAGCCUACUUCAACUCGGACAUCUGCACCUCAGGUCCAGAGUUCUCGGUGACCGGUUCGCCCGUGUUCUCGAAGCCAUUCAGAGAAGCGACCAAGUGGGUGCCUCACUACCGGAACACGAGCUACUACAAUGCCUGGUACACUGACCUGCACGCAGCGGCUGGAGAGAGCGGCCAGCCAGAUCUACCAAUGCUGAGGAAGACCGGGGGCUUCACACCGUUUGUACAACUUGCCGGAAUUCCGAGCCUCGACGUCGCCUUCGGAAACAACGCGAGCAAGGGCCUGUACUUCCCGGCGCUAGGCACGUCCUACGACGUGUUCGAACUGGCGGACAAGUUCAUCGACCCGGGCUACCGGGUUCACCGCAUGUGCCGGGAGCUGCUGAUCGCGCUGCUGUGGCAGUGGUCCGAGGCAGUCCUCCUGCCCUACGACCUGAAGGAGCUCGGUGCGCGCCUCAACCUCGAGUUCAACGAACUUAGCACCCGCCACAAGGACGUCCUGGACAAAAAUAGCAUCCGCUUCGACAGCCUUAGCCACGCCGUCAAGCUUUUCACGGCUAACCUGAACCACUUCGAGGGAGAACUCACCAGAGUCGACCUGAAGAACCCCCUGGAAGUUCGGCGGUACAACGACAAGAUGAUGGGCUUGGGGCGCAGCUUCGUUCAAGAAGUGGAUAGCACCACAGCUCAGGCAAAACUGAGAAACGUCGUCUUCGGCCAGUCAGACACCAACCAUGAGAGAAUGGUGGCCUUCCCAGUCGUCCGGGACAAGCUCGAGCAUCUGCGAACAGCCACCAUGUCCAUUCAGAUGGAAAAGGCGAAGGCCGCCGAAGAACUACGGCGCCACAUCUCUCUUGCAGCGUACGCCCUCUUGCAGGCGACUCUGUUCGUCGAGACAGAUGGCUUGGUCUGAAGCUCACAAAUAAAACAACAGUUGUGUAACAC